AUGACGGCCAAAGAAAAUCAAAAGUCUUCAUGUUGUCUGGAUCGAUUCGCCCUGACUACUUUCUAUUUUUCUUCAUACUUAAUGAAUUGUAGAAGCUUUGAGGGACCUGAGUGGGUGUGGCUGACGGGAUACUACAUUCGAUCUCGUUUAAUUAUGUCCCAGCGUUUAGUCAAGCUUGACCUCACAAAUGAACCAAAAGUACCCCAGGCUAUUCGUGAAUCACAGGAGAUCUUAUUGAGAUUGAACAAUCACAUUCGUUACUCUCCGUGGCGAUCGCUGCCCGAGUUGACUCAGGUUAACGGAGAAUACUGUCACGCCAGUUGCCAUUCUCAGGCCUGGAGCAUUGGAACUGCAAUUGAAGCCGUCUAUGAUCUUCUCGAAACUAAUGCCCGUAGGAAGGGUUUAGAGUUUCCUCCAGCUUAA